AUGACGGUGAGCGUAUCGAGAUCCAACAGCGAGACUCUGGGUUUAUCCGGUCUUAGUUCUAAGAGGGCUGCAUCGGGUCCAACUACUACAGAGUCGUCGGCUCCUGCGCAGAGUGCACUCGCUCUUGCCCUUGUUGAGCCUACUGCCGUGCUUGUGGAGCGGGUUACCGUUGUGGUUAUCCCUGCUUCAGGAGAUGCACAUGAGGGUGGCGAGUCUGUUCCUUCCGCCAGCAUGGAUGCCGAGAUGUCUGAGCAAGUGCCCAUGGAGCCGGCGACGGACGAGGCUACAGAGUAG